AUGUUAGUUUUACAACUUUUGAUAUUUUUGAUUUCUGUGCAUUUGUCGUUGAGCUGUAAUGGAAUUAAAAUCUUGGAAAGAUCUUUCAGAAGUUGUGGUGGGAAUGGAGAUCAAGUUAUAAAACAUUUAAAUGGAACUGUUGACUUGAAUGAAAAGUGUGAAGUAAAUUCUAAUACUUGUUCCGAAGUUAAACCUUAA